CCCACCUUUUGUAUGGUGCUCGCGAGUCACUCAGCAAUCCCCUCCUCAUCUCUUCUCUGCGAUCUUCUCUCUCUCUCCCCCCCUCUCCUCUGUACGAAAUAAAUACGAAGAAAGUAAAAAACCUUCAAUAAUUAGAAGGAGAAGAGAGAGAGAUUGAGAUACUUUUUCUUUGAAGUUCUCAGGAGGAGGGCGGGUUAAUUUGUUUUUGGUGCCGUUUGCGAUGGUGGGAAGAGGAAUAGGGGCCAGCGGCGGCGGAGAUCCGGCUAUGGUGGUCGGCUCCGUGGAACGAGGAGGUGAUGAACGGGAACAGCCUCCGAAUCAUGGAAGCCGAGUACGUGCGCCGGUACCACCAGCACGAAGCCAGGGACAACCAGUGCAGCUCCACUCUCAUCAAGCACAUCCGAGCUCCGGCUCAUCUCGUUUGGUCGCUGGUGAGGAGAUUCGAUCAGCCGCAGAAGUACAAACCUUUUGUGAGCCGGUGUUGUGUCGUGCAGGGGGAUCUUGAGAUCGGCAGCGUUAGGGAGGUUAAUGUGAAGUCCGGGCUCCCGGACGAGAGGCUCGAGUUUCUUGACGACAACGAGCAUAUAUUGAGUAUUAAGAUCGUCGGUGGCGAUCACAGGCUUAGGAACUACUCUUCAGUAAUUACUGUCCACCCUGAGAUCAUCGACGGUAGACCAGGAACUUUGGUGAUUGAGUCAUUUGUAGUUGAUGUGCCUGAUGGAAACACCAAGGACGAGACUUGUUACUUCGUCGAGGCAUUGAUCAAAUGCAACCUCAAAUCCCUGGCAGAUGUUUCAGAACGUUUGGCUGUUCAAGACAGGACAGAGCCCAUUCGCUAAUUUAUCUCCGUUCAUAUUAUCGAGUUUGCUGAGCACUAAGGUGGAAGAACCAAAGACAGUGCCUAUAUUAAGAAGCUCCCUAGGGUUUCCAAUGAGGCAAUAACUCUCUCAGGACUUCAUUCUCUCAUACUUGCAAUCGAAAACCCUAUACAUUGAUUGAGAUUUGAGAAUUUGUGUAAAUCCUUCAUUGCCAUAAUGUUGUGUAUAAAUCCCAUCAUGGCUCCAUCUGCUACCUGAUGCCAUAGGAACUCAAUUUGGAUGAAGUGGAGAGAGUUCGGAUUCUCUGUUUUGUUUUGUUUUUUUUUUUUGGUGGUGUGCUAUGUAGCUAAUUUGUGUAAAAAUCUAUUAGACCCCCCCUCCUACUUUCUACAGUUCAUGGAGACAAAAGUUUUUGGA